AUGGCUACCACUCUAACUCACCCAGCAAUCAAAGAUGGUUGGUUCCGCGAGGAAAGUGCUUUAUGGCCAGGGCAAGCCAUGUCGUUGCAGGUCAAAAAGGUUCUGCACGUCGAGAAGAGUAAAUUCCAGGAUGUGCUCGUAUUCGAAUCUACCUCUCACGGCAACGUUUUGGUACUCGAUGGUGCCAUCCAAUGCGUCGAAAACGAUGAGUUCAGUUAUCAAGAGAUGAUCGCCCAUUUGCCCCUCAACUCUCACCCUAAUCCAGAGCACGUGCUUGUCAUCGGUGGUGGGGAUGGUGGCGUUUUGAGAGAGGUCCUCAAGCACCCAAGCGUCAAGACGGCUACCCUUGUUGAUAUCGAUGAGGCCGUGCCACGAGUCUCGAAGACGUUCCUUCCUCACAUGGCCGCUGGCUUCAAUGAUCCCCGAGUGACUGUUCACAUUGGAGAUGGCUUCCAGUACCUCCGCGACCAAGUUGGAAAGUUUGAUGUUAUCAUCACCGACAGCUCGGACCCCAAUGAAGGCCCUGCGCAGACCUUGUUUGGCAUGCCCUACUUCGAAUUACUCAAAAACGCCUUGAAGCCCAACGGAUCGAUCGCAACUCAAGGAGAAUGUAUCUGGCUCCAUCUUCCUCUGAUUCACUCAUUGAUCAAAGGUGCAAAAGAUUUGUUCCCUCAAGUCGAGUAUGCGUAUACUUCGAUUCCGACUUACCCCAGUGGAACAAUUGGAUUUGUCGUCUGCUCUCUCGACAAGGAUCGCAACUUGAAGCAACCCCUCAGACAAGUCCGCAACACCAAGUACUACAACAAAAGUGUACAUGCCGCUGCGUUCGUCCUGCCCGAGUUCGCUCGUCAAGCCAUCGAGGCCGCAAAAGCAAAUCUCGACAUGCCCGACAAAUCUGCCUCGGCUCAAUCAUCUGCUCCCGGCAAGAAAAUCCUACUCCUUGGUUCUGGAUUUGUGGCCCAGCCCGCGGCGGACUAUCUGCUCCGACGCCCUGAAAACCAAGUGACAGUCGCUUCAUUCAACCUCUGGAAAGCCGAGCGAUUUGCCACUGAAUUGGCCCGGGAAGUCAAGUGUAUCUCACUCGAUAUCAACAAUGCCGAGGCUUUAGACAAAGCAGUCUCCGAGCAUGAUUUGGUCAUCUCUCUCGUACCCUACACCCAUCACGCCAGCGUCAUCAAGAGCGCCAUCAAGUUCAAGAAGAACGUCGUCACUACUAGCUACGUCAGUCCCGCUAUGCGAGCGCUCGAUGAUGACGCCAAGAAGGCUGGUAUCACUGUCCUGAACGAGAUCGGCCUAGACCCUGGAAUUGAUCACCUUUACGCCGUCAAAAUGAUCGACACUGUCCACCGGGCUGGCGGUAAAAUCAUCGAAUUCAUCUCAUACUGCUGUGGUCUACCGGCUCCGGAAUGCUCAAACAACCCAUUGGGCUAUAAAUUCUCUUGGUCUUCACGAGGGGUUUUGCUGGCUCUGUUGAACUCUGCUAAGCUCUACUCAAAAGGAAAACUGAUUGAAGUCGAAGGCCAGGAGCUCAUGAACCAUGCCCAACCUUACUCUAUCUCACCUGCUUUUGCAUUCGUCGCAUACCCCAACCGAGACUCGACCCCGUUCCGUGAAUUCUACGAAAUCCCAGAGGCCCAGACCGUAGUCCGUGGUACGAUCAGAUACCAAGGCUUCCCGGCCUUUAUCAAGACCCUCGUUGAUAUCGGCUUCUUGAGCGAGACUCCCCAGGCUUAUUUGAAGCCCGAAUCGACCCUGCCUUGGAAAGAGGUUACCACCCGAGUCCUAGGUGCAGAUAACUCGACUGAGCAGUGCUUGAUCACUGAGAUCAAGAGGAGAACCACCUUCCCUUCCGCCGACGACGAGGUCCGCAUUCUUGCUGGAUUGAAAUGGAUCGGAAUCUUUAGCGAUGACCAUGCGGUGCCCAGAGGUAAUAUCUUGGAUACCCUUUGUGCCAGACUGGAAACUAUGAUGCAGUACGAGAAGGGCGAAAGGGAUAUGGUGGUCUUGCAACACAAGUUCGGAAUCCAGUGGAAGGAUGGUAAAACAGAAACCCGAACAUCCACUCUGAUUGAAUACGGAGCGCCAUUCCAAACUGGAACCGGCCCAUCAGCCAUGGCGAGACUGGUCGGAGUACCCUGUGGGAUUGCUGUCCAAUUGAUCUUGGAUGGAAAGAUCACGAAGAAGGGAGUCUUGGCACCUUAUUCCUUGGACAUCGUUGAGCCGCUUCUAGUCGAAGUCGAAAAGGAAGGCGUCACCAUGGUCGAUCGAAUCGUCUCUUGA